AUGGAUGGUGAAACUCCUGACGCUCAAAAGAAUGAUCAUGAAAAUGAAGAUUCAUUGAUGAAUGUGAAUCCAUCGAGCGAAUAUGGCUUAUCGAAAGUCAAGAAACUUGUUUACAUAGAAAGAGCCACAACGCACAUCGGUUUUGGGCAGCGGAAAGUGGUAAUCUCUUCAUCUCCAUCUAAAGACCAUUCUCAGGGAACCCUUCAAUUCACUAUGAGCGCCAAUGGUUCGCCUUGUUUUGUUUUCAAAUUAGAGAAUCAGAAAGAUGUUUAUGUGGCAAGCUUGAGCAACAAUAUUGUCAAAGACCAAAGUGUUUUAGACUAUUCGUAUAUGAUCCAUCUGCAAAGAGGAGAACCAUCAUCACAUCUAGUUGGUAGAGUAAAGGUAACGAGCUUAUUGUUGAAUGAGAGAACCAUAGAGAGACAAUUUGUUUUGUUCGGUACCAAUGGUGAGCAUCCACAGAUACAACAGUGUAGGAAGAAAAACAGAGGAUUUUCGAAAAAAGUAGUCGAUGUGAUCAGGAACAAUCAGAGUAUCUCAAGUUUGAGACGUUCUUGGGAUGAGCAAUUACAAGAACCAAGAUUUGAGAACAAGUUUCCAACAAAUCUUGAAACAUUAGCUGUUGUUGUCAAAGAAGAGUCUCUUGAAGAAGAAAUAGGAGGUUGGGGAUUGAAGUUCUUGAAGAAAUCGCGGUUGGUCCAAACAAAUGAUGCUACUGAAACCGAGACGGAAACUUCAAGUUCUUUGAUAAGUAUGGAUGUUGUGAUUCCAUCAGGGAUUCAUGGAGGGCCUGAAGAUGGACCUUUGAGUUUGAUAGAGAGAUGGAAAUCUGAAGGGAACUGUGACUGUGAAGGAUGGGACUUGGGUUGUUCUUUAACCAUUCUUAGAGGUCAAGCACCAAAAGAUCAUUGCAAUCACUUGGAGCUAUUCGAAGAGGAGAAUGAGACGCCUGGAGUCCGGAUUGUAAAUGGUCAUGGAGGAUUUUACUUUGUUCAGUUUCACACAAAGAUCUCUGUUUUACAAUCUUUUUCAAUUGCUUUAGCAUUCAUACAUAGCCAAAAGCUUCGACAUUAG